AAUGAGGGUUGAGGUUACAGCUAGGGUCGGCUGUAGACUUGUUGCAGACGUGUUAUUGUAAAUUACGGUUGGGUCUUGCCUUGGUUGCAGCCAUGUUACGAAGGACGGUUAGGUCAGAAUAUUACCUUUGCUGUAAUUUUCUUGGUCAGGUCGCUAUUCUGAAUCAUUGUUAAGUCAGAUUGCUGUCACACAUUAGUCAUACCAGGCAAGUGAUUUGAAUUAUAACUAUAUUGGGUUAUUGUAUUGAAUUUAGGCUAUCGCCAUGAAACAGGAUUAUGUCCUGAAUUAUAGUCACGUUGAGUUGUCUGGAAUUAUGGUUAGACUAUGUCAGGUUAUGGGUUUUGGUUAGAGCAAUGGUGGAUCGCGGAGGGUUGGCAGUGGGUCGUAGCUCCUUGGGAAAAAUAUUCCAGAGCAGUUUGCUGGACAGUAGCCGCUGCUCAUAUUAAGCCAUGUCAUCGAGGAAUAUUGUAUUGCAACUGAUCUAAGUAGAAAAAAAUGAAAUCGACCUUGAUGAGAAGACAUCAGAUGUAUGAUUGGAAUUGUGUGGGCAUACUACUUGAAUUGGCCUUCAUUGUCUGUGCCAUGGUUGAACCUGGUUUGCCACCUCCCAGACUGCCAAAACCCUUUAAUGAGAAGAAUUUGCACUUCAGCAAGCUGUACAAAUGUAUAAACGAUGUAGGCCAGAAAGUAUUGAUUGAGGUCCUGAGAGCCAUCUGUGAUAAGGAGGACUUUGAGAAAGGAAUUAUUACGGUGAAGGAUUACUGCUUUGUGAGGCUAAAAUGGUCAAAUACUAAAGUAAAGCAGUCCAUUAGCAAGAUUGAUUUACCGCAGAUGGAUAAUGACAUGCGGAAAUAUGAUUUUAAUUUCGGAUUUUGUCACAAGAUCAUAAAUACAAUACUGAUUCAUGUCUGUUCUCAGAUGGAUGAAAAGCACCAAAAACAGUUGGAACGAUUGAAGGUGCAGAGGAAUGAAAUAUGUCAUCAAAAUAUAUAUAAUACUUCUUGGAAUUUGGAAGAUCGUGUAAAUGAACUGAGGCAAAUAUAUAAGGAUAUUUAUGAAGGAUUUGGAAAAGUUUUAAGCCAAGAUUUUUCCAAAAGUAUUUCUGGCAUAAAUGAUAUCCUAACAACAAUUCUGAAUACACAAGUAAGGCAAGAUGAUUUAAAAACAUACAUGGAAAUAAUUGAAGAAUGCAGAAAUAGCAAAAUUUCGCAGAUGCUUGAUGCUGGCCAAAAAGAGCAGAAGUCAUAUUAUGAAAACCUGCAGUUGCUGAAUCCUUGUGUUUGGAUAAAUGAAGCAGAUUACAAAAAAAUUAAAGUUGGGAAAAUGCAAAAGUUCUGUAUUCAAAAUCUUUUCACACCUCUACAGUUGAAUCUUGAAGGAAAUGUAGCAAUAAUAGACAUAAAAGACCUUUUAACAAUAUCAGCAAAAAGUAGUGGAUCAGAGAAUGCACCCACUGCACUUAUACUCAUGGGUUUGCCAGGUUCUGGGAAGACCGCGCUCUUGCAUUAUUUGAUUCAUGUUUGGUGCAAGCAGGGAGAUGAAAUUAAUCAAAUCGGCAAUUUUGAUUUAGUGUUUUUUAUUGAAACAAGAACUGUCUCAAAGAAAAAUCUGGUUGAGUUUUUACAGACACACAAAAUGUUUGAGAAAACAUGCAAAAUCUUUGACCCAGAUGAUAUCAUAAUAAUAUUAAAAUGUUUAAAGCUCUUAUUUAUUAUUGAUGGAUUUGAUGAGUGUAAUAAUGAAGCUGAUCAGGUAGUAGAAGAUAUUUUUAGUAGAUUUAAUGACCAGUUUAUCAUCAUGACAACAAGGCCAGCUUAUCAAGAAGGUGUUACAUUCCUGGCUAAUAGACAUUUUGUUAACUGCCAUUUUAUUGAAGUAAAAGGAUUUGAUCAUAAACAACAAAAACUUUACACUGAAAAGGUCUUUAGAGCAUUAGAAACUGAUGAAAAUAUCUGCAAGAAGCUCAUUGGUUUAUUUUCGUCAAAACUCCUAAAAUUUGAGCAGAGUCAAAUCUUCCAGGAACACCUGAAGUGGCCUCUUAACCUUGCCAUGCUAUGCUGUCUCUGGAGAGCAGAUAAGAAAGUAUUUAGCAGGAUCACAUCUGCCACCAAACUGUAUAUGGAAUUCUUCAAACACUGGGAAAGUGAAUUGGCCAGACGUCUGAAGCUGGCAAGUGACAGUGGUGGUAAUGAAUUUCAAGAAAAACUUGAGAUUCUGAUACUGUUUCUUGGGAAUAAGGCAUGGAAUAUGUUCCUAAAGGAGGAAAACACACUUGACAAAGAAUCCUAUGCUAUGAUUGAACAUAAUUGCAAAGAGGAGAAUAUUAAUGUUCAAGAGUUUUUUUCUGCUUUCUUCAUGUGCCAAGUGGAUGAAGAUUGGAAUACUGAAAAAGAUGUGUAUAAAUUCCUGAACAAUAAUCAAGUGGAAUACCUUGCUGCAGGAUUCUUAGCCGUAAAAAUCAGGCAAAAAGAAACAAAGCUGGAAGACAUUCAGGAGGAAAUUGGAGACAUAGAUAAUUACCAAAACUUCUUAGGAUAUCUGGUAGGACACCUUGUGCUUUGCAGCCAGCAUGAAUCAGACCUACUUCACUCCAAUAUGCAGUGUCUUCUAGACCUGUUUGAUUCUGCAGAAGUACCAAAGGACAACUAUAACUAUUGGUGGAAUAUAUUUAUUGAAUCACAACACAAUGAGAUAUUGGGUAUGAAGAUUGCUAGUGAGAAACUUCCACAAGAUAAGUGGGUUCUUAAUGCUGAGCAAGUAGUUUCAGGUCUUAGACUUCUAAGCUAUACACCAGUGGUUCUAAAAUGUCUUAUAAUUGAAAUAUCUUCAGAUAUUGAUCCACACAAUAUUAAAUACUUUAAAAAUCUAAUGAAGGAGCUUAGAAUAAAACUAGAAACUCGUCAUGAUAAGACACAUCCAAUUUCAGUUGAACUCCAUUUUUGGCAUCACUAUGAAGAGCAGCAUGACAAGCCUUCAGAUGAGUUUAUAGAGACUUUAUUCCCUUGGGGCCAUCUGACCAAUUUUACAGGUAGCAUCGGAAACCCUAAGAACGGGAAAGAUGUCUUAAGCUACUGCAUGAAAUUGAAGUCUAUUAAAGUUCAGGUGAUGACCGUUGCAGCUUUAAAAUCACUUAGCCGCAGUUUGAAUGGCUUCUAUAAAUCUCUCAAGUAUAUAUGCAUUGUCCUUGCACUCCCAGACGAAAUCCCUCUCAAAGAAUAUCCACAGCUGAAGAAAUUCAACAAUUUGGAGCUUUGUGUGAAAGGCAUUCAAGAUGUUAAUAAAGGACCAUGGGCAGAUGUCAUCAAACAUAUGUAUGGAGAUAAAGAAAUGCCAAACACUGACUGCAGAAAAGUAAACAGGCACCUGAGAACAUCAUGAAGCUGGUGAAAAAUGUACAUGGUUCUUUCCAAGAAAUGAUUGUGCAAAUCAAUACUUAUGGCAUAUUCAAAAACUUGUGUUCCAUAUUUGGUUUCAAUAAAAAGUUUGUCCA